AUGAUCGUAUCUACCGCCGCCUUCGCACAUGGCGGGAAAGUUGCCAGGACCCCGGCCCAACAUUCCGUAUUUGAGGGGCGAGAGGCGGCCUACCAGGCGGGACAGUUUGGUAUGCCUCUCUCUUUUCCCAAAGAGAGUCCCCAGAACUUCUGGCGGAAGGCGGAUUUUCUAGUGCGGUCAAAAAGGAAGUGA